GCGAGUUCACCCGUGACGGCCGCGCCAAACUCGAUAUACUUUUUCACCGAACGCGUGACGACGACGCGCACCAAUGCGAACUCGUGCGCACGUCGAACACUUCAACUCGCCAUCGCCUUGGAAGCAUCUCUGCACACUCUGAACGCUCGCCUCCGGCCUCCGGCCACGGUCAAACCCGGCGACCGUACGUCGUCGAUCGACGUCUAUAUAUAUAAAGCUUCAAUCCGAUCCUCCCCCACACAAAUCAAUCACACAAGCAUCAGCAGCAGCAGCAGCAGAAGAAGAUCGAAGAUUCGGUUGAUAAGUUGAUUGAUCUGCUCUCGCACUUGUUGCGUACGUUUGUGUCACCGGAGCUCGAGAAGAAGAGUGUGUCCGGCAAUGGAGGCGGCGGCGAGCUCGCACGAGGCGCUGGUGAAGAUGUGGGUGUUCGUGCUGGUGCAGGCGCUGGUGUACCUCAUCCUCGCGCAGUCGUCGGACGUCUUCUCCAGGGCCCAGAGCCUGCAGGGCGGCGGCGCCCCGCGGCGGCCGGCGCGCUCCGUCAGCGCCGUCCGCCGCAUGCUCGCCGCGCUCUCCGACAUGCCCGCCGGCGGGGAGCCGUCGCCCGUGGUGGCCGUCGUCGAUGGCCGGAAGAAGGAUUGAGAGAGGAGAGGUGCCAGUGUUUGAAUUGAUUUGUUGCGACAAGUACGCGGAGCUAAAAUGGAUGAUAUAUUGCUCCUGUUGCUUGCUGGAUGUUCACCAUUCUUUGAUCCGAUUCAUUUCGUUUGAUUUGUAUGCAUGUCAAUACUACAUAGUGAAUUUUGGUUGUUAUUUUUGUUAAUGGUACUGUAACAUUUUACAUUGGCUCAAUUUGCUCAGUACCAUCGAGAACGUUGGGAGAUAAAAAAAAAGAUUGCCGUAUGUUGUUGAUUCGUGAGGCUUAAUUCUCAGAUAGUACAAUGAUAUUUCUGAAACUUC